AUGGGUGAUGAUAAUACACUAGAUCCCCCUCUUUUAAAAAUAUUGAAGGAUGAAUGGAGUAAUACGAAAUUAUAUAAGUUUUAUAAGUCAUUAACCCCAAGGAGUGAUGAUGAUCAUAAUAGUUAUAAAUGUGAUUCUUUAAAAGAUUGUAAUGACAAAGAUAUAAACAAUAUUUGCAAUGUUUGUAAAAUUCUGAAAAAAAUAUUGGACAAAUGGGAUACAUUUGAGAAAUAUGAAGGAACGACUUCUGAUAUACCUUGUGAAUAUUUGAAUUACUGGAUAUAUGGUAGACUAAGUAACUCUAAAGCUCACCCAAAUGAUAUUGAAUUGUUUUACAAGGAAUGGAAAAGUCAUUAUGAUAGUAAAAAAGAUGGUAAAAAUAGCUGCAUUCACGAACCGUAUAAUAAACUUAGUGGAGAAGAAUUAGGAAAUAAGAAAAAGGUAUUUGAUUUCUCAAAAUAUUUUAGUAGUUUAGAAAAUAUUUUGAAUGGUAAUCGUGAGAAAAGAGAAAUUUGUAAAUAUAUAAAAGACAUUUUAAAAUUAGACUAUGUUAUGACAAAUGAAAAAAAGUGUAAAAAAUAUGAACAUUACAAGAAAGAACUAAAAAUUUUUGAUGAAGAAAUUAAGGAGAAGCUACGUUUCUUAAAAAGUAAAUGUCCUGGGGAUAACAUAGAUUUAGUGCCUACAAAGGAAAGUGAAAAUAUACAUCUGUCUUUAUCGUACGAACCUGAAAUAUUUCUACAGAAAUAUGAUAACUCAUCUCAGUACUUUAUGAGGUAUAAUACAAAUGAAAUUUUGUCUGGAAAACUUGAAAAUUUGCAGAAAACAGAUUUAGAAGAGUUAGAAGCAUAUAAAGUAUAUAAAGAAUUCAAUAAGGACGAUCAGGAUGAAUACUGUAGCAGCUGUGGUAGUAUAUUUAAGUUGGAAUUCGAAUAUCCUGGAAUUACUAACCUUUGUAAAAAGUUAGGUAGAAAUUUAAAAAAUAUAAAAAAUGAAGCUCCAAAGAAACAUUACGAAAAAUGUGGUCAUCUCUACUACUGGAUAUAUGAUCAAAUAUGGAAAAGAUUUGGUAACAAUUUAGAAAAUAAUGAAAAUAUAUUUGUUGUUGACAAACUUAUUGAUGCAUUGUAUAAAUUUAUUUAUGAGUUAAAGCUGUAUGAAUGUUUUAAUAAUCCGCUUGAAAAAAAUGAUAUUUACAUGUUGAAAGAAAAAAAAAUUUUGCACGAUUAUUUCAAAAACUAUGAUGGUAUUUCUAAAUGUAAAAAUACAGAAACACAAAAAUGCACACAUUAUUGUGUAUAUGUAAAUAACAUUAUUAAAAUUUAUAAGAAGUAUAUAACAGAUUGCUGUAUUUAUUUUCACAAUUCUGAGCAUUACUGGGACAAAUGUGAUAAUUUUUUCAAAUGUGAUAAAAAGUAUAACCUUUUUGAUCUAUUAUCGGAAUUUAACUGUAUUCCUGAAGAAAACAGAGAAGAUAUAAAUAAUGCAUAUGAAAAUGCCGUAAUUGAUAAGAAGAUUAAAUUAUUAGCUGAAAAAAUACCGGAAAAGUCGGUAACAGGGACAAAACAGGAAGUAUCAGAAUUACCUAAGAUUGUCGAACAAACAAAUAUUUUUGAUGAAUUAUUAAAUGAUCCGUUCAAUCUUUCUGCAUUAGGUGGUUAUUCACUUAUUGGGAUAUUUCUCACCUUUUUCGUUUUUUAUAAAGUAAUGGAUGCUUCAGUUUUGUAA